AUCAAAUCAAGUAGUUCAACAAACAUUAUCACAUUUGGGGCCUUCACUGUCAUAGUACCGGUAGAAGCAUUUAAUUUGCAUCAUAACUUUCUUUGCUUACAUAUACGCAAUUCAGCUAGAAUACUUUCAAGAACAAAAACGGAAACUUCUCAAUAAUAAGAGUUUUUUCGGUGCUUAAUUAAUUGAGAAUGGAAACAGUACUGAACAUGCAGGGAUCAGAAUUACAAGAUUGUAACAAAGAAUCAGAAGCACAUACAAGAGUGGAUGCAAUUGAUGUUGUCACUGAAACUGAACUAAACAAAAUUCGUCUUGUGAGAGACUUUGUUGAAACACAUGAUCCAUCUUCCAAGGAAGAAGAUGAUUUAAUGAUUAGAAGGUUUCUACGUGCUCGUGAUUUAGAUGUGCAAAAGGCUUCAGCAAUGUUUCUCAAAUAUUUGAAAUGGAAACAUUCAUUUGUUCCAAAUGGUUCCAUACCUCUAUCAGAGGUUCCUAAUGAAAUUGCAGAUGACAAGAUUUUUGUCCAAGGACAUGACAAAAUUGGCCGACCUAUUUUUGUUGUCUUCGGUGCGAGACAUUUUCAGAAGAAAGACGGUUUAGAUGAGUUCAAACGAUUUGUAGUCUAUAUUUUUGGCAAACUAUGUGCAAAAAUGGCACCAGGGCAAGAAAAAUUUGUUGGUAUAGUAGAACUCAAGGGAUGGGGUUACUCAAAUAGUCAUAUUCGUGGAUACAUUAGUGCGCUCUCCAUUUUGCAGGAUUACUACCCUGAAAGAUUAGGGAAAUUGUUUAUUCUGCAUGCACCAUAUAUUUUUAUGAAAGUGUGGAAAAUAGUUUAUCCAUUCAUUGACAACAAAACCAGGAAGAAGAUAGAAUUUGUGGAAAAUAAAAAGGUGAAAUCAACACUUGUAGAAGAAAUAGACGAAAGUCAACUCCCUCAAAUAUACGGUGGAAAAUUGCAAUUAGUCGCUAUUCAGGAUAGCUAAUUAAACUAUUCAGCAUUGAUUAAUUAAGGAGAUAUACCAUAAGAACAAAUAAUUCAAUAUUUUAAUUGUGUGUGUUUUUUGGACUAUUUCCUUUUACUCAGGUAAUUUAUUGGGUUGAAUAUGUUGUAAUGUAUAAAUAAAAACAUUGGAGUUCUAUUAGACUGAUUUAUUUCCAAAGUAAACAAUGAUAAUCA